AUCGAACCGGAAGUCUACAGUGACAGGCGAGAGUAGAAAGUGAAGAACAGCGAGCUGCAGUUGGAAAGUUUGAAGUACAGUUUAAAUGUACUAUCCGGAGACGGGCAAAUAAGUGAAAUAUCUUCUGAUCAUGACAUCUAUCUCAGAGAAUAGAGAUAAGGAGAAGGUACGCUCUGUAUCAGUGGACUUGAACAAAGAUGCAUCUCUUCUUAUUGAUAUCCCUGACGCCCUCUGUGAACGCGACAAAGUCAAAUUUACUGUCCACACAAAGACCACACUUAGUUCCUUUCAAAAGCCAGAAUUUUCUGUGCCACGCCAGCACGAAGAUUUCAUCUGGCUCCAUGACACAAUGGUGGAGACUGAGGACUACGCUGGCCUCAUUAUCCCUCCCGCCCCACCAAAGCCUGACUUUGAGGGUCCCAGGGAGAAAAUGCAUAAGCUGGGAGAGGGGGAAUCUAGCAUGACAAAGGAGGAAUAUGCCAAAAUGAAGCAGGAACUUGAGGCGGAAUAUCUUGCUGUUUUUAAGAAGACCGUGCAGGUUCAUGAAGUUUUUCUUCAGCGGCUCUCUUCCCACCCUGCCUUCAGCAAGGACAGAAACUUCCAGAUAUUUCUGGAAUAUGAUCAGGAUCUCAGUGUGAGGAGGAAGAAUGCCAAGGAAAUGUUUGGUGGAUUUUUUAAGAUCAUGGUAAAGAGUGCUGAUGAGUUCCUCAUCUCAGGGGUCAAGGAGGUUGAUGACUUUUUUGAACAGGAGAAGACUUUUCUGUUGGAUUAUUCUAACAAAAUCAAAGAUGCCACUGCUAAGGCUGAGAAAAUGACCCAUUCACACAAAAAUGUUGCUGAGGAUUAUAACCACAUUUCUGCUGCUCUGAACAGCAAUGCUGCAGACAACAACACUGCCUUGAAAAAGCACUUAGAAACAUUUGCUGAUGUGUUUGAAAAGCUUAGAAAAGUGGAUGAUAGAGUGGCAUCUGAUCAAGAGCUCAAGCUGACAGAACUUUUGAGAUAUUACACAAGGGACAUUCAAGCAGCUAAGGACCUUUUAUACAGACGUGCUCGGGCGCUUGCUGAUUACGAGAAUUCCAAUAAAGCUCUUGACAAGGCUCGUCUGAAGGGUAAGGACAUUGCACAGGCUGAGGAGCUCCAGAAGCGGUGUCUGCAGAAGUUUGACAAGCUCUCUGAGUCUGGCAAGAAAGAGCUCACCAGCUUCAACAUGAGGCGUGUAGUGGCCUUCCGCAAGAACUUGAUUGAGAUGACUGAGUUGGAAAUAAAACAUGCCAAGAACAGCGUGUCCCUUCUGCAGGGCAGCAUUGAGAUGCUCAAAAGCAACUGACUCAAAUGAUGAUGUCACUGGACAACCCUGAGCACUUCAAUUUUUUCUGACCUAGUAGAGGGGAACCUGGAUGCACCUUCUUCACAUAGCCCUAACAUGGCUAAGUAAGCACUCUAAAAAUGUGAAAAAGAGCCACCACCAGCACAAUGUAUCUACUAUGUUUACACUUUCUCUAUUGUGCUUCUCUCCCCCUCUUUACUGCCAGUAUCUUACAACAUCAAACUGAGGGCAGUGACCCCUUCCAUGAAUAACACUUAAAACCUCUCCCAUUUAUGUCUCUUUUUUGAGUUUGCAUUAGCUGAGAUUCUUUAGCUUAGAUUACGCUGACAUUUAUAAGCAAUCACAAUAACAGACAAAUGAAAUCACUUCAGUGAAUUUUAUAUUUUGCGAUUACACCAGAACUAAGUUGUCAUUCACUCUCAAAAUCUUUCUGUUGUUGUUCUGUUUUUUCUGCAGUUUUGUACCUCUAAAUAUGAUAAUUAAUCUGCUUUUUCUAUCGCUUUGGAAAAUUUAAGGUUUAUGAUUAGUUCUAGCAUCUAUCAUAUAAAGUUGAUUUAAUAAAAAACCGAGGUGUAACAAACAGAUCAGUAUAAAUCUCAGCAGAAGUGUUGUGUGACAUGGACUAUUUGUGAAAUAGGCUGACAGAUGUCUUCCAAAUAUGGUGAAUAAAUAUUCCCCAUAACCGUUUUUCUGUUCAGUAGAAAUUCAUCCAAAGACAUGACCCAAUGUCAUGCAUUACUAUGGGGAAAAAAAGGGAAUGUUGACAGUCAUUCAUGAUCAAAUUCCAUUUCAAAUGGAACUUUGCCUGGGUCAAAAACAGCACGUACUCAUUACAUCUGGUUGUUUUUGAAAUUUAUAUUCUUUUGUCUUGAUGUAAAGGGCUUGCUGACCCUGAUGUCCCUGGUGUUUAGAGGACUCAGCUGAUGUGUGUGUUGGUGAAUCACACAACUAUUAGCGGUUUUUGUAAUUCAUUUUGAAUGUUUUCUUUAUGGUAAAGGCUAUCCUGCCAUGAAUAAGAUGGUGCUUUAAUGUGUGUAUGCAAGAAGCUAUUCACCACAAAUGAUCUGUGUGUUUUCCCAGAACUUGUCCCUUUCAGGAGACUGAAGACAGAUCUUAUUCAGACAUUUGAUAAAAAUUUAAGUCCAGUUUCACUACACAGCAUUUCUUCUUCUAAAUGUAAAUCAUGAUUCCUUAUUUAAAUGUGUGUUUGUUUUUUGCUUGACUAAAUGUUUUCUCUUGGUGUUGUUACUGAAACUAACAGUCUAAAACUAACUACAUUUAAUGGACCAAAACUUGUGUAAAGUGUAAUUUGAUGUAAAACUACAAACAUUUCCAUGCUAUUCUGAUUAUUGAGAUGAUGAUUUGUAAAACACUAUUGCAAUCAUGUACAAGCACAGGUAGUUCAAAAAUAGAUACAUUUUAUAAAGGAAUGUAUAGAAAACUUCUUUUCAUAUGGAUUAUAAUUUUUAUGAAAACAUGCAAUAAUAAAAUUAAAUAAGCCCUGCUUUCA